UCCAAAUCCCAAAAUAAUUGGUUCAAACAAAGCUCGGGUUUCACAGAAAAGAGCUUCGGGGCUUCGUGGUUGUUCACUUUUUCCUCAGCGUAGGUGUGGUGGUAAACCUCUGGUUUCGUCACUGUCGUCAGUAGAGAGUAGAAGCAAUGGUGGCAAAGAAAGGAGCAACUAGGGUUUCAGAAGUUGCGGAGGAUUUGGCACGCGUCUCCUUACAAGCCAUCCUCUUGGCUGAUAGUUUCGCUCAAAAGUUCCGUCCUAUCACGCUUGAACGCCCAAAAGUACUAUUGCCUUUGGUUAAUGUCCCUAUGAUUGAUUACACCUUAGCAUGGCUUGAAUCUGCUGGGGUUGAAGAAGUUUUUGUUUUUUGCUGUGCUCAUUCCAAGCAAGUGAUCGAUUAUUUGGAUAAUUCAAAGUGGUUCGUUCAACCAAACUUUUCAGUCACAACAAUAGAAUCACACAAUUCUGCUAGUGCUGGAGAGGCAUUGCGUUUGAUUUAUGAACGAAAUGUGAUACAUGGAGAUUUUAUCCUCAUUACUGGAGAUACAUUGAGCAACAUGUCACUUACCCAAGCACUUCAAGAACACAAGGAGAGACGGAAAAAAGAUAGUAAUGCUGUGAUGACCAUGGUUAUUCAACAGUCAAAGCCUUCUCCAGUUACUCACCAAUCUCGACUUGGUACUGAUGAGCUGUUAAUGGCAAUUGAUCCUGAUACGAAACAGCUUCUGUACUACGAGGAUAAAGCAGACCAUUCAAAAGGGACUAUAGCUCUUGAUAAAGCAUUGCUUGCUGAUAAUCAUUCUAUUUCUCUUCAUAAUGACAAGCAGGAUUGCUAUAUUGACAUAUGCUCUCCAGAAGUCCUAAGCCUUUUCUCGGACAAUUUUGAUUAUCAACAUCUACGCCGACAUUUUGUCAAGGGAUUGCUUGAUGAUGAUAUUAUGGGCUACAAAAUUUUCACUCAUGAAAUUCACUCAAGUUAUGCGGCUAGGAUCGAUAAUUUUCGAAGCUAUGACACCAUUAGCAAGGACAUAAUCCAGAGAUGGACAUACCCAUUGGUUCCCGAUGUCCAAUUUUUUGGAAAUUCUGCAACUAAGCUUGAAAGACAAGGCAUGUACCGAGCAUCAGAGAUUGGGCAAUCGCGUUCUGCACAAAUUGGUCCUUUUACUGUUGUUGGAAAUGGCACUUCCAUUGGGAACAACACUAGAAUUUCAAAUUCAGUUGUUGGCGAAGGUUGUACUAUUGGAUCAAAUGUUCUAAUAGAGGGUUGUUAUAUAUGGCAUAAUGUAACCAUUGAGGAUGGCUGUAAGCUGAGGCAUGCAAUAGUAUGCGACGGGGUGUUAAUGAAGUCGGGAGCAGUUUUGGAACCUGGUGCUGUUUUGUCUUUCAAGGUAUUAAUUGGACAACAAUUCGUUGUUCCUGCUUACUCGAAGGUAUCUUUACUUCAAGAACCAACCAAGCAAGAUAGUGAUGAGGAGCUGGAAUAUGCUGACAGUAGCAGUGGGAUCGUAGAAAUUCCAUCAAGCAGUAGUAUGUCAGACAAGUUGAAUGGAGAAGUAACCUCCAAAUUAUCAGAGGUUGGCACUGGUGGGGCAGGUUACAUUUGGUCACUUGGUGAAGGAGUUCAUGAAGAGGAAUGGAGACAUUCAGUUGCCCCAAUACCUGCAGAUAAACUUUCUGAGAUUACACAAGCUUUGAAUGAUGACCUGGAAAUAUCAACUCAAGAUGGCAAUCUUCUCCCUCCAUCUGGAGAGUUGAGAACGGACUCUAUCAGUAAUGAUACUGAUGAUUCUGAUGUUGAUACUAGAAAUGACUCUGUCUACUUUGAGAAAGAGGUUGAAUCAACUUUUCUAAGGGCUGUUCAUGAAAAUAUUGAAGAAGCGAAUGUAAUUUUGGAAGUGAGCUCACUGCGGUUGUCAUACAAUCUGACUUCUGCAGACUGUGCUGGGGCAUUAUUUUAUUCAAUGAUUAAGCUAGCAUUAGAUGCGCCUCAUAAUUCGCCUAGUGAGCUGUGUAGAAACGCUGCCAAUGUAAUUACCAAGUAUCAAAGUAUUUUAAAGUAUUACCUUACAGGCCUAGAUGAGGAGAUUGAAGUGAUAAUGAAAUUUGAAGAAAUGUGCUUGGAGUCUGCUAAGGAAUUUUCUCCGUUAUUUGUACAGAUUUUGCAUCUUCUGUAUGACAAAGAUAUUUUACAAGAAGAGGCUAUUCUUAACUGGGCAGCUGAAAAAGAGGGGGCAGAUGAAUCUGAUAAAGUUUUUGUUAGGCAGGCAGAAAAGUUCAUUCAAUGGCUGAAUGAGGCAUCCGAGGAAGAGGGUUGAGGGAAUAAAGAAAUUCAUACGCGGAUCCGAGCUGGUUGAUGGAUGUUUUUUACAAGAAAAUAUUGCAUGUGUUGUGUCAUCAUACUGGUGCUGUAUGUUUUACCAGACUAGAGAUUUUGUCCGUGAUUAGCGAAUGUAAAUGAUUUGUCCCAUCCCCCUUUGGCAGAGAACAGUGAGCAGGCAAACUAUAACUGGUUUUUUUAUUUUUUUUAUUUUUUAUAAAUAUAUAUAUAUAUAUAUAUAUAUUUACUGGGGAUAGAAAAAAAAUUGAUACUUGAAAGUUAAUUCAAGUUAAUUCCUUGUAACUUAUUUGAUGUGGAUCAAAGCAUAUGAGGAAAAAUUUAUAAUUUUAAUCACGAGAAUGCAUUUGAGAUAAUAAGAGAUGUAGUAUUUUCUUUUA